GGCCCGUGCGUUUUAGUAACACAGCUCGGCAUUUACAACAUCCUUUUCAAAAAAUUUUCUCAAACUGCACUGUUACGAAGUUUGGAGUUGAAAGUUCAAGAAAGAGAAAAUGUUGCAAGCAUUCUCCAUCCUGAAGAGUUCCGUGACUUCGCACCGCCGGUCGACCGAGUCGUAUGUCUUCUACCUCCACUACCGCGUCACGUUCCUGCUGCUCAUGUUCGCCUGUCUCCUCAUCUCCUCGAGGCAGUUCGUCGGGGACAAGAUCAAGUGCCUGUCGGGGCAUCACGGAGACAUCAGCGUUGGCCUGCUGGAUGCCUACUGCUGGGCUGCUUCCACCUACUCCGUCAGUUCGGCUUACCUCAAAGAAGCAGGCGUCGAGGUACCCCACCCAGGAGUUGGAGGAUCAGAAAGUUCCACUGAAUACACCUUCAGAAAUUAUUACCAAUACAUCCAUAUAGUACUCUUCUUCCAAGCUUUAUUUUUCUACCUUCCUCACCUAAUAUGGAAAUCUACAGAUAAUAUCUAUACGAACACUCUGUAUUCUUCCAUUCAAGCUUGCAAAGAAGAAAACAAUAAACCAGACAAGAUAAAAGAGCCCUCAUUUGAAAUCGCGGCGUCAUUCAUAGAAGAAAGAUGGGGGACUCAUUUAUUUUAUGGACUUCAGUACAUCUUUUGCGAGCUACUGUCCAUUGCCAACCUCAUUGUUCAGUCUUUACUCCUCAACAUCUUUUUCAACGGCGAAUUCUUAGACUUGGGAUAUUUCUACAUUUCCCACUAUAACGCUGAUAGAUUAAAGGAUCCGAUACGCCUGUUCCCACUCGUGACCAAUUGCUAUUUCAAGAAAUUUGGGGCUUCUGGAUUCGUGGAUACUGUGGAUGCGCUUUGUGUUCUACCAGUUAAUGCUCUGAAUGUGAAGAUCUAUCUCUUCAUGUGGGCGUGGUUUGCUUUCUUGUUUGGGUUGUCAAUUUGUAAUCUCAUUCAUUUUUCUUUGGCAUGGUUUGUCCCGAAGUAUAGAGUACUGCCUCUAAAAUUGAAAUCCUUUUUUUGCAAAAAACGAAUGGAUCAGGAUUCGUAUAUCCGUGUUCUAACACUCGGAGACUUUGGCGAUUGGUUUGUCCUCUCUUGUGUCAAGAAUAACAUGGAUCCUUUGGAUUUUUCUCGAUUGACGGAGAGCAUUCAUUAUAAAUUAUCAAAUUUGGGAAAUGAAACAAAGGAACCCUAACUGCGCUGUCAAAAAGAGUAUGAUAAAUUAAUUUCCAUUUCUCAGACAUAUUGACAUUUCAAAUUAAAUGGUAUGCUAAUGUAUAUGUCAUUGUAAAAGACCGAUAUCUGAAAAAUGUCUAUAUUUGCUGGUGAAUAUAUAAUAGCCCACACAUAACAUUUGUCAUCCCUAAAUGUAACGAAAGUAUUUGUUAAAUAUCGUUAUUUCUCACUUAAACCAAUAAAUGUCGAUAUUUAACAUACUGAAUACUGAAUUAAAAUGUUUUUGUUUCGCUAAUAUAAAACUGCACUUUUAAAUUCAGACUUCAAUAUUAAAACAAAUUACGAUAUAUAUCAAAAUGGGAAAAGUCUUAAGCAACAGCACGUGUUAAUAAACUGUUGAAAUGAAUCACUUGUAAAUAAAUUGAACAUUAUGUUCUAAAUGAGAAAGGAAAAUAAUACGAAUAAUAAGCAUACAUAAAAUUCAUGUUAUUAAAUUUUACAGUCUUAUUUAUUGCAAAACUGAAACUGCUAUAUUCGUC